AUAUAUAUCAAACGACGACGUUUUGCUGCCGUCGGUCCAGGCAGCAAUCGGACGUCAAAUUGUGGGCAUCUACCUGUCGUUGUCAUCGACUCAGUCGCAGAGUAUGCAGGCCCUAGACUUCUUUUAAUUCCAAAUCGUAGCGCUUUUCUUCUCCGUCUUCGCCGACACUCUCGCACAUCUCAAAGAACUCUCUACGAUGGCGCCGCCUCCAGGACCCUACUCCGGCACCAGCACUCUCGCUUUGGUGGCUCGAGUUUCUGCAUUCUCUUACGGGGUCGUUUAUGGGAGCCUCAAGCUCAAAUACCUCCAGGCAAAGGCGAAGUCUCAGAAGAAAGCGGAAGCCAAGGCUCACCAUUGAUGGAGAUGAGUUUCAAAAAAAAAGGAAAAAUGAAGGGAUGUGAAGGAUAUAGAAUAAUACCUCAAGAUGAACUGUCAUUUUUUUUUUUUGAUCUUUGCAUAACGCUUCUGUAAACAGUUGGCAGAAAUUCUUUUGGGAGGAGGUGACCUACUUCUUUGACUUUGGCCAAAGGCUGGUAGUUCAGUUUUAUUUUCUUAGCUCACGAUGGAUUAAAUUUGGAGAUGAUUUGACAUUACCUUAAUAUACAUGAUUUUUUUGUCCUUGAU